AAAACUAACACUGCAAAAUAAAACACACACACCCACACAAACACACAUUAUUUCUCAAGGAAGAUGAAAAAAAAAAAAAAGGUCACAUUGAUUUUUUUUUUUUAAAGUGGGACAUUCUCACUACUUUUUUCACCUGAAGAUUGAAAAGGAAACUCAUUUCAGUUUGUAACACUGCACUGACUGUUCCAGACACAAAAUGAAUCAAGUCUCCUGUUGGAUUAUGUGGUUAGCAUUUCUUCUCUUCUCUGAUAUAGAAAUUUAGAUCUGUAAGAACCAUCAGUGUGGUGAAGGUCACAUGGAAUUAGAGAAUAAAAUCCCAGCAUGAUGUUCCUCACUGGAGACACCAGUCCAGCUGAGGACAAUAGAGAAGCCACCCUUCCUCAAUGUUCACUUCCAGAAUUAUAUGCAUGUAUUGAGAAUUUUAAUAAGGAGAGCAAGAAAUCAAAUCUUCUAAAAAUGCAUGGUAUUUCACUUAACGAAGCACAGGAAGUACUUGCUAGAAACCUGAAUGUCAUGUCAUUCACCAGGGGCACUGAUGUGAGAGGAGAUCUCCGAUCUGUUAUCAGGUGCACAGUGGUUAAAAAAGAGAAGCAAGCAUCCAUGACUGAGCUCCUCCACCGCAGCUUACUGGCAAGCUCACUCUCUCCCGUGGAGAGGCUCUCCAGGUCCCAGCAGAGGCUGUUACAGUGUGGGAUCUCCCCUCCCAAGCACACUUUUCCUUAUGAAAUUCUCACCGAUCACUCGAAUGCCUUGGCCCAAGUUACCGUACAGAAGGUUCCAAGCGCCAAAAUCUUAUGCAGCUUAGGCAUUUCCAGUGCCACCCCAGAAAAGUUCAUUUCUGAAGAUAAACUUUGUAGAUCCUUCUUAGUUGACCCAGGAAAACAAUUCAUGAAUCUAAGGGAUCUGGAAUGGAGAUAUUUUAAGGGGCUUGCGAAGUGGAGGUGCACUACUGCAAUUUCAUUCGGAGACAUAAAAUACAACACUGAGAAGAGAUUUGUAGAGAACCAGGACAUGCCUGAUGUUAUUUUCCCCCCUAUAGUUCGCAAGUCUUCGGUCAUUUAUCCUCAAAUUGAUUAUCAAAAUGAAGGAAGUUAUUCUCUUAAAUGGAAUAUGUAGUGUAUUAAAAUAUUUUGGACAUAGAUGUUUGCUUUUGAGAGCAUAGAUUUAAUACACAAAAAGUAAAGAAGCCGAGUACCCAAUAGAACAUCUGAAGUGAGUGCGUACAACACACAUGAAGGUAUAUUGUAAAAUUAAGCCAUUAAUACGGAGCAAAAGGUCCGAUUUAAUCUGCUAACGUGAGAAGUGGUUUGGACGGUGCAACUCGUUUAGACCAUGCAACCCAUUUGGACCAGGGCUAAAGCAAAUAUAGGUCAUAUGAAAAGAAAAGGUGUAACCGAAGAACACUCAAGCAAGCAUAGCUUUUUAAGGAAUUUUAAGCACACAAGGAAGUUCAUCAUCAUAAAGUAUUUGGUAAAUUCAACAAACAAAUUAACAUCUGAGCAUAUAGAGAUCAAUAUGAGAACUUAAAUAUAAUCUAUUAACUGUUCAGUGACAAAGAAGGAAACAGCAUCCAUGAAAUAAGAACAGAAAGAUUUGUAAAAGAACAAAUUGGAAAUCUUGGAAAUGAAAGAUAUAGUCAUUGAAAAUUAUAAUAAUAACCCUUGAUAAUUAUCCCAGUGGUAGCCUGGAUAUAUCUGAAGAGAGAGGGCUAACAAGUUGGAAGACAGCAUUGAAAAGCUUAUAGAUCAUAGCACUGUAAGACAGAAAAAUAAGAGUAUUGGAGGGUAGAAUGAGAAGUUCAGAAAUGUAUACAAUGGAAUUAGCAGAAAAAAAUAGAAUGGAAAUUAAGUGAUAUGUGAAAAUAAAAUGACAGAAAAAUCUCAAGAAACACAUGAGAACUUGAACUGAAAAAAUCUCAGACUGAUUAGCAAGAUAUUGAAAAUAAAUCUAUACCCAGAAAUACUGUAGCAAAACUAUGGACCACUAAGCAGUAAAGGAAAAUAUAAUCUACGAAAGAGAGAUGGAUUACAUACAAAGAAAUGACAAAUUGACAAUAGAAUGCUCAUUAACAAUAGAGGUCAGAGGACAAUAGUGUCAUAUACUUACAAUGCUGAAGGAAAAUAGCUGUCUGUAAUUCUAUAAGCAACCAAACUCUCUCUGAGGAGUAGGGGGUAAAAUAAAUAUGUUAAAAAAUA